CCUCUGCAGCUUGUCACCUGUGUACGCUGACGAGGGAGAAGUCAAGUUGCAAGACAUCAGCAUACCCGAACAUUAUUCUCAUGAUGACAUCUGGUACAAGAUGGACAAUCUGAACGCAGGAAAAAAGUGUGGAAUAUGUGCCAUCAUAAAAGUUAAGAGUCCUGACACGCAAGAACAAUCGGGAGCUGAAGCAGACGCCAAGACCAUAGAAAGUGUAUUUGGUGGCGUCAUUGGCUUUGACGUUAAAGUUUACCACGCUUCCGCACCAGCGGAUAUCCGCGAAAAGCUCAAAACGUGUAAAGACUAUAUUGAGAAGGAUUCAUCGAGAGCAUCAGAUUGCUUCGCCUGCUUUGUGUUGGGUCACGGCAAGGAAGAUAUCACGUUCCCUUUCGGCGGCGAACUGAUUGACCUGGAAUACAUCUACGACCAGUUCAGUAACAAAGUCUGCACGAAGCUUCUUGGGAAACCCAAAUUGUUCUUCUUACACACGUUACGUGGCUGGAAACAGGGAGGCGAACAUCACUUUGCUGACGGUCCGAGCAAGACUACAAGUGUGCCUUCACGUGCUGAUUUCUUUACAUUCGAGAGUACCUCGGCAGGUUAUCUUUCGUCUUCGGGUUCAGUUCGUGGUUCUUUAUUCGUCCAGGCGCUCUGUCAAGUCAUCAAAAGAGACUAUCUUACCAAGAAUUUCCAAGAAAUGAUGACACUGGUCAAGUAUUAUGUAGCACGGGAAAAGAAACCGGAUGAGACACUGUACAGACACUCCACGCUCACGAAGAAUAUUCGGUUUGCAGCUGAAGAGAUCGACGUGGACGACGAAUCCACAUCCUCGCACCCAAGUACUGUUGUGAACAGACAACUGAUAGAUGUGCGGCCACCAAGUCCGUGUAUUGAAGAUAACCGAAACAACCCUAUUGCGGAUGGGAACCUGGAGUGUGUGGCAGAUACAGAGAUAAAAUGGAGGCCGAAAGGAAUAAGCAAAUUGGUGAAACUUGGUGAAGUCGGAGGAAAUUACAGAAUAGUCAGUAGAAUGUUCAUGUUGAAAGAUUACACCUUCGAGCUAGAGGUUACUGCCGGGGACCAGGCUGGAAAGCCGCAUCUGGAGUGUGCGCUACGCCUGUGCCCCGGUCGCAAUGACGAUAACCUGGAAUGGCCAUUCAGUACGCCGUACACGAUAACCCUCUGCCACCCUCAUGACGAAGACUAUAGCAUCCCGGUAACUGCUAUAUUCGGCACCCAUAUCCGCGCUUCCUAUGUGAGACCACGGGGUGGCAGUAAUCCUGGUGUUGCGUUCUUCCUCAUACCGCUUGAAGGAUUUCAAGGGCACCACUAUAUAAUCGACGAUGCCAUUUGCUUGUCAUUGAAGUUGCACGCUUCAGUUCAAUAAUACACUAUAAGACGAUGCAUGAAAAAGUGAAAUAUGAUAUGCUGAGUACGACACUUUUAUUGUAACCUCUUGCAGUGUUGCAGAACGCACGUGUGGUCUGCGCUACACCAGUGUUGUAGACAUAUAGAAACAAAUAAACAGAACACAUUUGGGUAAUCCACAA